AUGGAUCGUCUGAGCCGUCUCUUUAUCACGAUUGGAGGCUUCCUCACGGGUAAUAAGACCAAGCGCAACAACCCGACAACAGAAACCCAAGAGGUGACAAAUAACCCAUCCGAGAAAAAUGCAAAGACUUUAGAGGCUGGCAAGUUCGAUCCAUCGGAAUGGGAGCCCGUUAAUGACCUGCCGCCAUACCAAGAGCAAGAACAGAAUGCUCUGCGCUCAGCGCCCACCCCGGAACUAGCUACCACCUCCUCUGUCGAGCCAACAAACUUAUGCAUCAAGGAAGCAACCUCUGCACCCGUAGCGUGGAUUCAACACCCUUCCGAACCGAGCUUUCUCAUAUGUGGUCGCUGUUAUGUCGACCAUAUCGCCAAUACGAGUCUAAAUAAGGAGUUUGUCUUGUUCCGGCCAGUCGAUCGAAAACGACGAUUUUGCCAGUUCAAACGACUUGACAUGACAUUGAGAGUAUGGACUCAAACUGUGUCCGAAGGCUCAAUGGGGAAGUUUAUCAACCAUAUCAUCUGGGCUCGUACAGUGAGAGAUUGCCCAAAGAGCUCGUCUCGCGCACCAGGCGACAUAUGGUAUGCUUCCGUCGAUUUUCCUGAAUUUACGGUGUGUGAGGAGUGUUACGAGGACCGCAUAGCAUCGACCGGCUUUGCGACCCAUUUCAAGCGGCAAGUGAGGCAGUCGAAAACGUAUUGCAAGGCUCAUUGCCGAUACGUUACGCGCUUACUCAAGAUGGAUUCAACGCUCCCAUCAAGCUGGGAUGAGUUUGUCACGAAGACAAAAGAACGCCUCGAUCUCCCAGCUUGCCCGCUUCACGAGCUCAAGCCUGGAAAGUUGGCAAAGAAGGCUACAUGGUAUCAGUGUUUUGUUGUCUCCCAGCCAUAUUUCUUUUGCGGAGCAUGCUACCACACCUUUUUUGUUGGCACCAAGGCCGAAACCGAUUUCACACGAGUUGAGGAACUCCCCAAGGGCGGCAGAUGCAUGGCCACCUCAAGAUUCAGGGCUGUCAUUACCGCCGCCGAAGAAAAGGAUGACUACCACUUGCUUUACAACGCCCUCAAUGAAGGUGCCGAGUGGCCUAAAUGUGAACCAAAGGGAGUGUCCAACACCAUGUGGUUUACCUUGCCCGGAAAUGUUCAUAGGUCAUAUGCUAUCUGCGGCCGCUGUUAUCAUGGGAACCUCAAGCCUCAGGGGAUGGGUGACUACUUCAUCCCUAAAACCGACGUUCGGAAAGGGGAAAGUAUGGUGUGCUGGCGCAACUACUACCACCCAGCCUCCGUCCGACACGGUGAGAUGCUUUCUGAGGCUCUGAUAUUCGGCGACCCAAGCCGACUAUAUGAAUUUAUCAACGAGCACCCGAAGCGUCAGGGUUGCCGUGGUGCCAAGACGGGACGGGGCGCGAAUCAACGCUGGUGGGGAUGGGACAAGAUGCGGAUUUGCGAUGCCUGCUACCACGGCGGAUCUAUGACCCAGAAGAGUAUCGUCAAGAAAUUCCAGCUGCGGGGAGAGAGAGAUCCUAUGGAGCGGAAAUGCGAUCUCGCCUCGCACUCUCUGAGAUGGCUUUUCAUGGAGAGAGACGUUACUAAACUCCUCGAAUAUGCCGAUAGCAGAGCUAGUACUUAG